AUGGAUGAGAACAACUGCAGCAGAACAACUCAUUUUAUUAUACUUGGUUUCCAGGGAAUCCCCGAAACAUUCUUGUUUAAUUUCAUACUUUUCCUAAAUGUUUACAUUUUAACAGUAUUUUCGAAUAUUGUAAUUAUCGUAUUGGUGAAGACAGACUCACAUCUGCAUUCCCCCAUGUACUUUUUUAUCUGUAAUCUGUCAGUUCUCGAAAUAUGCUAUAUCUCCUCCACAUUGCCGAAUUUGAUGUCUGGGAUUGUGUCGGGCAAUAAGUCAAUUUCUUUCACUGGUUGUAUUAUUCAGCUUUAUUGUUUCAGUUGUUUAGGAGGCACUGAAAACGUUCUCCUGGCAUUUAUGGCUUAUGAUCGCUAUUUAGCCAUUUGUAACCCUCUUAAAUAUACCAUGAUAAUGUCCCCAAAAAUGUGUAUACAGCUGGCAUGUUUAUCCUGGUCCCUAGGAAUUAUGAUAGCUGUGGCUGCUAUUCUCUUAGUUGCUAUAUCUUGCUUUUGUGGUCCAAAUGUAAUUGAACAUUUCCUAUGUGAGUCAACACCCUUAUUGCAACUUUCUUGCACAGAUGUUUCUAUGGCUACAUUUGUGCUUUCCAUAUCUACGUCUUUAUUAACAUUAAGCUCUGUUUUAUUCACCAUGAUAUCCUACUGUUUUAUUAUAUAUACAGUUAUCAAAAUACCCUCUACAACUGGGAAGAAGAAGGCCUUAUCUACGUGCAUUUCUCAUUUUACAUCAGUACUCAUUUUCUAUACUUCAGUAUGCAUUAUGUAUGUUCAUCCAUCUGGUUCAAACCCAAAUCGAAAUAAGGCAGCAGCUGUGUUCUAUGCGAUCAUAACGCCGCUGCUCAACCCCUUUGUCUAUAGUCUUAGGAAUAAGGAAAUAAAGAAUGCAUUGGUAAGAGCACUGAAGAAAUCAAAAAAUGGGAUAUUUUAG